UGCAGAUCUGGAACACGCCUGAAGCGGGACAAAUUUUGGAAUUUUUUGGAACUGGCGACGGGACUGUGAAUUGAGGGUUCAAAGUGACCAAAGUUAGCCAUUGUUCUCCCCAGGGCAGUCUGGACCCCAUCUUCCACUACACAUCCACAUAACCACAUCUCAAAGCAGCGAUUACCCCAGAGGUACAUCCUAUCCUACAGGACCCGAACAGCGGUCCUCGGACGUGCACUGCCUUCCACUUCCCAUCCUUCCUCAGGUCGCCCGCGGCUGUUCUACACUAAGUAGCUCUCCAACCAACCUACCCACCGGCUCCGACCCACGCCCCCCGGUUGCCUAGUCCCCCUUCCCCGUCUUUAUCUUACUAUUCCCUUCCUUUCGUCUCUUCUUCCUUCUUCUUUUUUUCCUUCAGCAACCCCCAACACCACACACAAUGGCCGAGUCGCAAUCCCCCGCUGCCGCCCCUGCGGCCACCACCAAGCCUCACAAGCCUGAUCAGGAUGCCUUCAACGAGAACCUCGCCAAGGCCGAGAAGGAGUAUCAGGAGGCCCUGAAGAAAUACAACGAGAUCAAGGCCAAGGUUGAGCUCGCCGCUCCUAGCAAGAACAAGGACCAGCCCAGCCCCACCCAGAAGAAGCGCCAGGAGCUCAUCUCCCAGCUCAACGAGAUCCGUCAGCAGCAGGCCGGUGGCAAGAAUGCCCGCACCUCCAAGCUCGACCAGAUCAAGCGCCUCGAUGAGCAGCUCCGCAGCCGCAUUGCCGAGCAAAAGACUGCCCGCAGCAAGGUCAACUUCAAGUCCACCGAGGAACUCGACCGCGAGAUUGAGCGCCUGGAGAAGGAGGUCAACGGCGGCAUGAUGAAGCUCGUCGACGAGAAGAAGGCCCUCGCCGAGAUCUCCAACCUCCGCAAGCAGCGCAAGAGCUUUGCUGGCUUCGACGAUGCCCAGAAGCAGAUCGACGACCUCAAGGCCAAGAUCAAGGAGAUCAAGGACAGCUUGGAGGACCCCGAGGCCAAGGCCCUCAGCGAAAAGUACAACAAGCUCCAGGCCGAGCUUGACGCCAUCAAGGCCGAGCAGGACGAGGCCUACAAGAACCUCUCCAGCCUGCGCGACGAGCGCACCAAGCUCCAGCAGCUCCAGUCUGAAAAGUACCAGGCCAUCAAGAAGCUCAAGGAUGAGUACUACGGCGCUAAGAAGGAGUUCGCCAAGUGGGAGCGUGAGCAGCGCGAGAAGGCUCGCGAGAGACAGCAGGCCGAGCGUGAGCGCAUCGCCAAGGAGCGCCGCAUGGAGCGUGCCCAGAAGAUGCUUGCCGAGGCUUCUGACCCCGCCUACCUCGAGGAGAUCCGCCGUGCCAACUCUCUCCUCAAGUACUUCGACCCCAGCCACGAGGUCGCCGAGAAGGCUCCUCUCCUGGCCGACAAGGGUCUCGGUGCCCAGGCUCUUCGUAAGGUUGACGACUCUGGCCUCAAGGGCAUGAAGCUCGUCCGCAAGGAGGAGCGUGAUGACGACUACCUCCCUGCCGUCAAGAAGGGCAAGAAGUCCAAGAAGCCCACCGGUGCUGCCCCUGUCGCCACCGGCAAGACCUUCAGCCUCCCUCCCUCGGUCAUUGAGGACUGCAGCUUCGUCGGUGUCGAGCCCCCCAUGGCUGCUACCGAUAUCCCUGCUGCCGUCGAGAAGAUCAAGGCCAAGCUCGAGCAGUGGAAGGCUGACCAGCCUGAGCAGACUCGCAAGAACAUUGAGAAGGCCAAGAAGGAGAUUGAGCGCCUCGAGGCUGAGGAGGCCGGUGAGGCUUCCGGCUCUGCCACCCCCAAGAAGGCCGUCGAGGAGGUCACCGAGGGCGUCAAGAACGCCACCAUUGAAGAGAAGACUGAGGCUGUCGAGGCUUCCGCAUAGAAGCGCCGCCAUCGACGUCACGGAUCGUCUCGUUCUCUGACAUUUGGGAAGCCAUGAUUUGAGGGGGACCAGGACUCCGACGAGGUUCAGGUUGCCAGGUUAAGCGGGUAUUUGGGUCCUGUCAUCCCUCUUUUUCAUCCCUACCACUACCGUCCGUUGCCCACAACGACGUCACAGCCGUGUCAGAUGUUGUGCGCAUCUAUCCCGGCACAUUAUCAUUCGCAUAUAUAUCGCCGAUAUUCAUCCUUUUUUUUGCCUUAGUGGUUGGUCUCUUCAGUUAUCACCACCCUGGUCUGUUCCAUCAAAUGUUGUUAGCAUGCUUUUUGGGGUACAGAAAAGGGGGGAAAUGUUCGGGAAUUCAAAAUACGGGGUGGCAUUCUUAACUCAACCUCACCUUCACACGCAAAAGACUUUAAUAGCUGGACUCGUCCGAACCUGCUCCCUAACGUAUAAGGUAUCGAGGUGAUGUUUCUGGUGGUUGGUGAACAUAAGGGAAUCGAAAAACGAAGGACAGCACGCAAACUGAGGUAUCGCAGGCCCCGAAACAAAGCACGGCCAGGUGUGGGAGUGGAAGAGACUGGCGGGAACAUGUGAAAAGGACUCUUGGGAUAGCUUAGAUACGAGAGUGGAAAACAAGAGGGACAUUGAUACCCAUCUUCCACACUCGCACUUCCAUACCUCCUCCUGACCGUCAAGUGCCAUUGGAUGUUUGCUUUCAUUGACUGCUUGCCUGCCAUGUUCCGUCAACCUCAAAUACCAACAACCAUCAUCCUUCCUCGCUUCUCACCGCAACGACAGCUGUCAACGAUAAAAGAUAGUUACCUUACCUAUCCACGAGUGUCAGUGUGUUUAGAAAU